AUGCCAUCAGCAGGAAGCAAUGAUGUUCCCCGAUCGCUUCCGUUGCUGCUGGCUCGUCGUCAUGUUGGGUAUCUGGGAAUACCCCACCGCUCGCCGGCUGGCAACCAAAGCCCCCGUGCUUUUGUGGAUGGUGUGGCAAAACAGUUUUCACCUCAUUGCUUGGUCCAGUCGCCCCAGUUUGUAACGCCGCAAACUCAGGGUAAUGCUCGCAGUGCCAUUGCGAUCAAUUCGAUACAUGUCGAUCGAAUGGAAAAUCGAUUUUUGUUGGCUGGAGGAAAUGAUGCCAUUGUCAGUGUCUAUGAUAUUUCCAAGUGGGGCUCGGAAGAAUAUCUGGAACGGUACGGGAAGGGGGGUACGAGCAAGAUUAGUAGUGGAGCAUCCAGCAGGAGCAAUAAGGCGAGAACCCAACACAAGCCUAUAGCGAGUUCGCAAAGGGAACCUCCUCGGGCUCUUUUUACUAGUGUCGAAGGAAGCAACAAUCUGCACGCAGCUAUUGAAAUUCCCGGUGGCCAUGCCUCUCCAAUUUCCAAAGUUCAGUGGUAUCCCGUGGAUUCAGGCGCAUUCCUGUCGACUUCCAAAGAUGGGUGUCUGCUGGUUUGGGACACCGACUCCAUGGCACCUGUUUCUCAGUCAUUGCCAUUUGCCGAGACCAAGGGGGGAAUUGCUACCUUUCAUCUUUCCCCGUUGCGCAAUUAUUCGGCAGUUGUGGCCUCCUUGCAGGAUCCCAGUCUCAAAUUGGUCGAUAUUCGCAGUUCUGCCUCCUCUCAUACACUAUUGGGACAUGGAGGACCUGGGGUUUCUUCGGUGCAAUGGGCCCCGCAGAACGACGUCAUUCUCGCCAGUGGGGGCUUGGAUGGCACUGUUCGUCUCUGGGAUAUUCGAAAGGCCGGAGGGAGAUCGUGUCUUGCCAUUUUGGACCAGGACAGAAGUCAGCCUCCAUCCAGAACGAGGCCGUAUCAAGCCGAUUAUUCCCAUUUGCCCAAACCCUCGGCGGGACUACCCGUUAAUUUUGCGGGCGAUGAACAUGCAGGAUCCUUCAGAGGUAGCCACAAAAAACAUUCGUCUGCGCGGCAACUACCCUCUGUAUCAUCUACAGAGCUCGCACCCAACAAUUAUCGAAUGACCGAGAAUUCUACAGUUUCAUCUCACGGUGCACCUGUGUCGGCUCUAUCAUUUUUGAAAGACAACGGAGGGCACCAUCUGGUAUCGGCGAGUCGAGAUGGCCAGUUGCAUGUUUGGGAUUUACGCGCCAAUGGUCAUCUACUGCCGCUGCGAUUCUUGGCUCCGGGGCAACAACCCGCCAUUUCCAAGAAGCGCGUCCAAACGCCCCUGCUUCUGACGUCGUUUGGGAAAAGCGAUAAUGCUGCUUCUUCACCAGGAGCCUGUUGGGUAGGCAAUGGUACCGCGUUAUUCGGGUAUUCGUUGGAUCGCGGAGGGGUACCACAAAAAGUCUUGCAAGGGCACUUGCACGUAAUCACGGCGAUUGAUGUGAUUGAAGGGAACAUGCAACUGGUCACGGCUGGGAAAGAUGGGAUGAUUCUGGCAUGGGGAAAGCCAGAUCAAGGGCAGGAGAACUAUCUCAAGAGAAAGGUAGAUCAAGAUAGUUGGUAA